AUGGCUGCUCAAGAAAAACCUCAUUGCAAGGUAGAAGAACCUACGGAUUCAGAGAGAAACGAUGAUAAUGAUGAAGUUAUCGUCGUUGAGCUCCGUUCUGAUAUGAUAUCGGUCGAUUUGACACAACAUCGCAUUGAAAAAAUUGAAGGCUUUGAUUUUUUGACCCAGGUCGAGAGUCUCUGUCUCAGAUGGAAUUUGAUAAAGAAAAUCGAAAACUUGAACUCUCUAACAACAUUGACAGAGCUUGAUUUGUAUGACAACCAGAUAGUGAAAAUCGAGAAUUUGGAUUCUUUGGUCAAUCUGGAAACGCUAGACUUAUGCUUCAAUCGCAUAGAAAAAUUGGAAAACUUAGAAAACCUUAAGAAGCUCAAAACGUUAUAUCUCGUUCAUAACAAAAUUUCUAAGAUCGAAGGAUUAUCUGAGCUGAAGAAUCUGGAAUACCUUGAGCUAGGUGACAACCGGAUCAAAAGAAUUGAAAACUUGGAAGAAAAUCAAGAACUUCAGCGACUCUUUCUAGGAGCUAAUCAAAUCAAAAAAAUUGAAAAUUUGGGUCAUCUAAAGAAAUUAGAAGUCAUCAGUUUGCCAGCAAAUUUCAUUGUAAACAUUGAAGGCUUAGAAGAGUUAACUUCAGUGAGGGAAGUUUAUUUGAUGCAGAACGGUAUACAAGAUAUUCGUGGCUUUGAUUCGAAUCAGAAAAUUGAAACAAUCGAUCUCAGUGAUAAUCGGAUUGAAAAGGUGAAGAACAUAAAAAACUUGCGACGUCUCAAAGAUUUCUGGGUGAGGCAGAAUAAGAUUGCUUCAUGGUCACUGGUCGACGAACUCUCUGAGUUGCCUGAUUUGAAUCACGUUUACUUAGAAGGGAAUCCAAUAUCAGCAAAGCCAGAUUACAGGGCUCGUGCUAUCCGCUUGUUACCUCAAAUCAGUCAACUUGAUAAUGACACCUGUCGAAGUGACAUUCCUCAAAUCUGA